AUGGCUGAAGCCGAAUGGGGCAUGGAUAAGCCAGAAUACGCAGAAGGUCCAAAGGGCAAAAAGAGUUUCCACAUGAUGAUCGUAUAUGGGUCAAAUUGUACCGGGGGGAAAUGGGCCUCCGAGGUCGUUCAGAUCCGUGUCGAUCGCUGUGCUCUGUCUCGUCCAUGCCCUGGCAGUAGAAUGGAGACGGGACAGCCGUGGGGCGGGGAGCAAGCAGGCCCAAAUUCCUUCGGGGCACGGCCAUUGGAGAGAGAGUGUGUGUGA